UGGUCUCAUAUCUGAAACAUGGCUGCAGAUUGGCUGGGCAGUAUUGUGUCCAUCAACUGUGGAGACAGCUUGGGUGUCUAUCAGGGACGAGUGUCAGCAGUGGAUCAAGUCAGCCAGACCAUUUCUCUGACCCGGCCUUUCCACAAUGGAGUGAAGUGUCUUGUGCCGGAAGUUACCUUCAGGGCAGGUGACAUUAUGGAAUUAAAAAUUCUGGAGAUCCCAGGUCCUGGAGACCAACAUUUUGGAGAUCAUCAGACAGAAUUAGGUGUUGGGUACCAAGUGGGGAUCAGUCAGAACGGCAUGGGCAAGUUGGUCAAGAAACCAGUUUCAUCCAGCAGUGCCCCUCAGAACAUACCUAAAAGGACAGAUGUGAAGAGUCAAGAUGUUGCAAUUUCCCCCCAGCAACAACAGUGCUCAAAAAGCUAUGUGGACAGACACAUGGAAUCCUUGAGUCAAUCCAAAAGUUUCCGUCGUCGGCACAACUCUUGGUCAUCUAGUAGCCGACACCCAAAUCAGGCAACUCCAAAGAAAAGUGGCUUAAAGAAUGGUCAAAUGAAGAAUAAAGAUGAUGAAUGCUUUGGGGAUGAUAUUGAGGAAAUCCCAGACACGGAUUUUGAUUUUGAAGGGAACCUGGCCCUUUUUGACAAGGCAGCUGUUUUUGAGGAAAUUGACACCUAUGAGAGAAGAAGUGGUACCCGUUCCCGGGGCAUCCCAAAUGAAAGGCCAGCUCGCUACCGCCAUGAUGAGAAUAUCCUGGAGUCGGAGCCCAUUGUCUACCGAAGGAUCACAGUGCCCCACAAUGUCAGCAAGGAGUUUUGCACUGACUCUGGCCUGGUUGUCCCAAGUGUUUCCUAUGAGCUGCAUAAAAAGCUGUUGUCUGUGGCUGAGAAGCAUGGAUUGACUUUGGAGCGAAGACUGGAGAUGACAGGUAUCUGUGCCAGUCAGAUGGCACUUACCCUGCUUGGAGGACCCAACAGGUUGAAUCCCAAAAAUGUUCACCAGAGGCCUACAGUGGCUCUGCUAUGUGGGCCCCAUGUGAAGGGGGCUCAGGGUAUCAGCUGUGGAAGGCAUCUCGCCAACCAUGACGUCCAGGUUAUCCUGUUCCUGCCCAACUUUGUUAAGAUGCUAGAGUCCAUCACUAAUGAGCUCUCUCUCUUCAGCAAGACCCAAGGCCAACAAGUUUCUAGUCUCAAAGAUCUGCCUACCAGCCCCGUGGACUUGGUGAUCAAUUGCCUGGAUUGCCCUGAGAAUGCCUUUCUGCGAGACCAGCCCUGGUAUAAGGCAGCUGUGGCCUGGGCCAACCAGAACCGGGCACCAGUACUCAGCAUAGACCCACCAGUGCAUGAAGUUGAACAGGGCAUUGAUGCCAAAUGGUCAUUAGCACUGGGUCUGCCUCUGCCACUGGGAGACCAUGCAGGCCGCGUCUAUCUGUGUGACAUUGGCAUUCCCCAGCAGGUGUUUCAGGAGGUGGGCAUCAACUAUCACUCACCUUUUGGCUGCAAGUUUGUCAUCCCAUUGCACUCCGCCUAGGACUCCAGGCAGGUUGAACCCGACAGUCCCCUCCUGCUCCUGACACUGAACUUGACAUCGAACGCCUUAAGGAUGUGAA